CGCUGGCUGCACGCGCCGUGCCUGCACGGAGCGCGGCAGCGGCCAGCAGCAGCAGCAGCAGCAGCAGCGGGAGCCACCGGCGCGCACGGCGAUGCCCGCUCUGCUCCCGCCGCUGGCCGCCCCCUGAAGACACCCCUCUCUAUUUCCCCCCCCCCCUUUCCAGCGACCUCAGGCUCUUCCCCCCCCCUUUCCCCUUCCCCCCCCCCUUCUAUUUCCCUCCCCCCCCCUCCCGCCUCUUUAUCCUUUUUUGCGACCCUCCGCACCCUCCCGGCUGCCGUGUGGAUGCGGCCCGGGGUGCCUGGCUGCGCGGGUGGCGAGAGCAGAUGCUGAGGGGCCGGAGGAGGAUGGAGUGCACCCUCGAUGCGCAGAGUUUGAUCAGUAUUUCCCUGCGGAAGAUCCACAGCUCCCGCACGCAGCGAGGCGGCAUCAAGCUCCACAAGAACCUGCUCGUCUCCUAUGUGCUCCGCAACGCCCGGCAGCUCUACCUGAGCGAGCGCUACGCCGAGCUCUACCGCCGCCAGCAGCACUACCCCGACGGCGCCCCGCUCCUCGCCAUGCCCGCCUGCCCGCCGCCCGCCGCCGCCGCCCCGCCGGAGCUGGCGGCGCUCCCGCUGCCCGCCGACACGCAGGACCGCGAAGCGCGGAGCUGCGGGGCUGUGCGGGGCGGUGCGGAGCUGCUGGAGGUGCCGGUGUGCGCGGCCCCCCCGGAGCUGCAGCGAGCGCCCUGCAGAGACUCGUCCCCGGGCUUCUACCGGGCCGCCGGCAGCGCCGGUCCCGGCGGCGGCGGCGCGCCCCCAGGGCUGCUCUACGCCGCCGGCUGUGACUUCGGGAGCGGCGGGGCGCCGCACUGUAGCAGCCGCACCACCGUGCUGGAUUUGGACACUCACGUCGUGACCACGGUGGAGAACGGGUACUUGCACCAAGACUGCUGCUCGCAGUGCCCCUGCUGCUGCCAACCGGCGCCGGGGCUCGCCUCCCCGCCGCCCACGCCGGGCACCAAGCGCAAGUAUUACCCGGGGCAGGAGGAGGAAGAGGAGGGGGUGGAGGAAGGGGAGCCGGGGGGAGGCGGGGUGGCGGGCGGCCCCCCCUUCGCCCCGUGCACCAAACGCGCCCGUUUCGAGGAGUACAGCGCCGAGCACCCCCAGGACUCUUCCAACAUCUCCAACUUGAUCUCCAUCUUCGGCUCCGGUUUCACGGGGCUGGUGAGCCGGCAGCAGGCGGACUCGGAGCAGCCCCUCAACGGGCAGCUGUGCAGCAAGCAGGCGCUGGCGAGCCUGGGAGCCUGGACUCGGGCCAUCGUCGCGUUUUAGAGAGGAGAGGGGAGCAAAGGAAGGGGUGGGUGGGUUUGCAAAA